CUGCUUCGUGCACGUGUUAUGUUGCCUUACAAAUGUCCGCUACAAACACUGCUGUUUUACAAAUAUGUAGAAUAUCAUGAAUAUGUAGUAUUUGUGCCUGGCGAGUCCCCCAGACAGAGAAAUGUCACUGUUGAAACCUAGACUUUCACCUGUUUUAACCCAAGAUGUUAUAGACACAUUGAGAAAACAAGGUGUGAGAACUGUGCUUGACUUCUUGGAACACAAUGCAGAAGAAAUGGUGAAAAAAGCUGGCAUGUCCUACAAGGAUGUACUUGCUAUAAGACAUGUACUUCUUGCUCAGUAUUCGGCUGUCCCAGUCAAUGGAGCAGAUAUGUAUGAAGAUGCCUUAAACUCAAUGGCAAUUCUCCCAACAGGGGUAAAGAGUUUGGAUACCAUGUUGGAUGGAGGUUUAUAUACCUCUGAGGUCACAGAAUUAGUGGGACCAGCUGGAGUUGGGAAGUCCCAGCUCUGUAUGUACACGAGUUUGAACAUUUCUCGCAAUCUAAAACAGAAUAUAAUGUACAUUGAUUCUACUGGAGAUUUCUGUAUUCAAAGGCUUCAAGACAUUCUCUAUUCUGAUCAGGUGGAAGAUGAGGAGAUAAUCGAUGUACUUUCAAGGAUAAAGUGUUCUAGAGCAUUUGAUAUAUUUGAAGUAUUGGCACAACUCUGUGAGGUCACAAAUCACUUGACAGCACAGACAAAUGCAUUCUAUCAGCAUUUGAAGUUGGUGAUAGUGGAUAGCUUGCCAGCUGUGGUUUUGCCAGUCCUUGGUGGAGCUCAGACAGAUGGGCACGGAUAUUUAAUGCAUUUAGCAAGAAUGAUGAAGACAUUGGCUGUAGACUUUAACUUGGCUUUAAUGACAACAAACAAUGUAGUGCAGGGAGAAGCUGGGGAGACCAAACCAGCCCUGGGACGUGCAUGGAGUCACAUACCUAACACCAGGGUGGAGAUAAAGAAACAAGACAUUACACCUGAUGGUGAAAACAGGAGAACAGCUGUACUUACCAAAUGCUCAAGACAGCCCACUGGCCUGACAGCAGAGUUCACAAUCACUCCAUCUGGCAUAGAAACAUAUCACAGCUGACAGCAUGUUACAGAGUAUCAGUAUUUCCCAAGGACAAUUUAGGAGAUAGCACAUAUACUAAAGGUUCAACUUGAAAAGCACAUUUUACCUUUUUUUAAUACCAAUGAUUUUUUGAAAAUUGUGCAUGAAAAUUUGCUUCGAAAAAUGUGCACAGAAUACAACAAUGUUAAGUUAGUAAAUAUUAAUAAAUAUGUGAUUAAUGAGUUACGGACAUUAAAUGUUUUCAAACAUUGAUAUACAUAAUGUACUUGAAUUAUUUUAAAAUGUCAAUAUUAUGGCUGAUAAAGUCUUUGUAACAUUUCUAGAACCUGAGAUUGAUGUGAAUGGAAUUCCAUUUGAUGGAUGUCGGAAAAAGUUAUUUUUGCUAGGCACUGAUAUGCAACUGUCAAUAAAAAUAUCUCACUAUUAUGUACAUAUGUACAGUAUAUAUAUAAUAAAUCUGUAAAAUAUGUUUAAUGUUU